AUGGCAACAAAUAAAGCUGAUGAAGAUGAGGAUUUACUGAAGUUAGCAUCACCGAUUGGGAAGCGUUCAUUUGCUCGCAUGGUAUCAUGGGAGUUUUCGAAACCCGUGGAACCAAAGCGUAGGAGAAGAAAAAGUGGCAGAAAACAGAAAAAGGAGUUUUGUGAAAAUGAGAAGGAAGAUGAUGACAUGAAAAUUGAGCAUGAUGAUGAUGAUUAUGUAGAUGGAUGCUUCAGUUCUGAUGAUUACUUUACUGCAGAGGAAGACAUUUGCAGCAGUUCUGAUGAUGAAGCUUUGAGCCUUGACAAACUAAGUCUGCAAGGUGCUGCCGUUGAACUACCAAAGCAGGAGCGUAAGGCAGGUCGAAGCAAAAAACAGAAAAGGCGGCGAAAAAAAAUUUACCGACAGACAGAAUUGGAUUUUUUUUCCCCAUUUAUGGAUGAUGAGUCCACAGAUGUUGUUAUUGUUGAAGAUCUCAACCCUGUACGUGAUGUGCCAACACUGAUGGAGAUUUGUUUAAAAACUUGCAGGAAAGAAAAAAAUCAACAAAUUCCGGUUUUACAUCAGCAGAAGGUCAUUCUAAAAUGCCGACAGACUUUACAUUCUUGUCAGUUGAAAUGGCUUCACAGAGAACUGGCUCGAAGUGAAACUUUUGUUAAUGGUGACUCAGUAAUGGAUGGAAGAAGUAUCUUUGAAGCUGGAAGUAAUUCUGAUGAAGCGGCCCUCCGUGACAUUCUUCCGAAUCUUGCAUGUAAAUCUUACAUGAUAAGAACCAUACAUAGUCGGCAUCCCUUGUGUACAAUCGGACAGGUGAUUGCAGCCUUGGCGCACACUGUGGAUAUAAUGCUACCAAGUUCAUUCAAGUAUAGACAUACCAGUAAAGAUGAAGUACUUGAUGAGGAUGCCUGUAUACAGUACUCAGUUGACAAGGUGAAGCUGGCGUUGAAAGCCAGAUACCCUGCGUUGAUUGAUAAACUUUUUGAUGUGGCAUUAUGUUAUGUAUGGUGGGCAAGAGGACAGAUUCCACAAGCUGCCAAAGCACUAUUUGAAGCCAAGGUCACUACAGCAAAAGAGCCUGAAGUCUCUCAGUGUCUACAGAAGGCUAUAUUUCUAAAUGAUUGUGGUUUGGUGUAUGUAAUGUUUGGAGAUGCAUUUGCUGCAGGCAGGUGUUACAGGGAAGCUGCUGAUGUUGGUAGCAAUCUGACUCUACAUUCACAGAAUGCUCAGUUUAUGCAGUCUUUAAUACUGAGUGCCUUUGCAUGGAGUCAAGGUUUACUGAAUAAAAGUGCAGCUGUGAAUUCGUGUGAUGCCUGGAAUGCUGCAUUGUCAUCACAAAAAGACUGUCCAUAUAGAGUUGUACAAGCUGCAGUUGAAGCGUUUCUUUGUUUCCAUGCAGGACACAGUACAGGUCCCUUCUUGUCGAAAGAUGAAGAAACACAGGCAUGGUUGGAAGAAGCUGAAAAGAAAAUCAAUGAUAUGGUGAAAAUACAUUCUAAGCUUGCAGUACAUCAUGCCUUUGUACUGGCAAUGCUUGGCAGGGAAGGUGAAUCUCUGCAAGCCCUUAGAAACUAUACAUAUUAUGGAACCUUUGAUCACAUCAAUGGAUUUCCAGCUCGUCAAAUCCGUCACUCAACUAGGAAGAGUCCUCUAAACCCAUUGAUAGAAGUGGCAAGGCAAACCAAUAAACCAGUACCUGUAUUGUCCAUGCUGUGGAGAAGACAAUACAUUCAUCCAAUGCUGACAACAGACAAUGUCCCACCUGUCGCUGACAAUGUUGGCACACACCUUAACCUGCGUAUCACGGAUGAUGGAUAUAUAACUGGUGACAUGAGUAUGAAUCUUCCACCAAUGAGAGCUCUGCUUUUGGAUCCAUAUGAUGGGUCUGUUUGUAUUCCACAUACACCCAGUGUAAGUGAGUCAUGGUUCUCAUUAGUAGAAUCAACAAUGCAGAAGUUUCUGCUUCCAGUACCUCAACAGAUUUAUUCAGAUCCAACACAGAAAAUUGUGGUUGAUCUCAUUCAGGUGAACCGAUGUGAACAAAGUCAUGGCACAAGCCAGGUACGGAUCUUGCAAUGGCGAAGCCCCGGGAAAUUCUACCAACUCAACUUAGGGAGUGCCAUUCGUAAGACAGCAAAAAAGAUAAUUCUAGAAGAAGCUAAGAAACAACACCAGAUUAAAGAGAUCAAAGACUAUGAAAUGAAAACAAAGAAACUUGAAGAGCACUAUGAAAGAGGCUGGCAGUUUAGCUACUAUCACAAUUUUACAAUAGGUCUGUGUAAGUGUGGAGAGAAGAAAUUGAAAGGUAAAAGAAGUCCAGUUGAUUUGUACAAUGCAAGAGUUAAAAAUAUAAUUAGAUUUGGUAAAUCGACCAUACUUUUACUGAUUCAGACAUAUUUACCAUCUCCUGACAAAUGUGAUACCUUGGUGUUUAUAGAUUGUUCCAGCUUUGACACUUUCUUGAAUCCAGUUAUUCACUAUGGUCAUGAUAAGAAUUAUCAUUUUAAAAAUUCAACUGUACCCAUUAGUAAUUGCAGCCAACCGAGACAUCAUGAGACAAAACUUAUUGCUAUAGUGCAGGACAACAGGUUUGUCAUAAAAAGUGAAUCAGCUGAAUGCAGCAAAGACUGGAAACCCGUUACUUUGUUUCAACCCAAGCAAUUUGUUGCUGGCCACAACACGUUUUUUAUAAGAACCAAAACAUCAUUAGUUGUUCUGGAUGCAGACACGCUUUUACCAUUGGAAGUUACUUUUAACAAAAUAAAUGUUGACAACUCAUCCCAGUCUACAAGUGUGUGGUUAGAUAAAGAACUUUAUCACAUUGAUGUACUAGCAUCUAGAAUAAUUACUAGAUCCGGUCCUACUGGGGAUGAUGUGGAGUUCUAUAGACUUAUAUUUGCAGCUGAUGACCAGGUGUUUCUUCUAGACAGACCAUGCAUUAACAGUGGUGAUAAUCCAGCUCCUUUAAAUGUAACAGCUGAAGUUGAAAUACCAGGAAGAGCAGUUGAAGCAUGUUACAUCAGUGAACAAGCUGGAUUUGUGGUGGCCGUAACAUUGAAUGACAACAGUGAUAAAUUACACCAAGACCACUUGAUCUGGUACAGUACCAGUGGAGAGUUAUGUGGUGUUUUACCAUUCCUUGGUAAUGGACCACAUCAUUUGUACAACGUGUAUCUACCAGGAAAACAAAAUGAAGAUAAUACAGAGGGAUGGUAUCUUUAUUUCACUGAUGGACACGGAGGAUUAUGCUGUUGUAAAAUAUUCUGA